AGCCGGCCCCGCCGGGGCAGGGACGUCGCGGGCCGGCGCGGCUCGGCGCUGAGCGGGGCGGCAGGUAGCGCUGCCGGCGGAGCGGGCCGGGCCGGUGGGGACGGCGCGGCCAUGGGGAAGGUGCAGCUCUUCGAGAUCCGCCUGGGCGAGAGCCGCGUCGUCUACAGCCCCGGAGAGCCGCUGGCCGGCACCGUCACCGUGCGCCUCUCGGGCUCGCUGCAAUACCGAGCCAUCAAGGUGAGCUGCGUUGGAUCCUGCGGGGUGUCUAACAAGAUCAAUGACACAGCAUGGACCGUGGAGGAGCAGUACUUCAACAGCACGCUGUCGCUGGCAGACAAAGGGGUCCUGACAGCUGGAGAGCACAACUUUCCCUUCCAGUUCCUGCUGCCAGCCUCUGCUCCUACAUCAUUUGAAGGCCCUUUUGGCAAGGUCCUCCAUCAGGUAAAAGCUGUGAUAGACACACCUCGCUUCUCCAAGGACUACAAGUGCAACAAGAUCUUCUAUGUUCUCUGCCCUCUCAACUUGAACGACAUCCCCGACAUUGAGCAGCCCAACACUAUGUCAAUCACCAAGAAGUUCAACUACAAGCUUGUGAAAAGUGGCAACAUUAUCUUGACCGCCACCUCGGAUCUGAAAGGGUACAUCGUGGGGCAAGCAAUCCAGCUCCGCACGGACAUAGAGAACAAAUCGGGCCGGGACACCGGGGCUGUGGUAGCCAGUCUGCUCCAGAAAGUGGCUUAUAAAUCCAAGCGCUGGAUUUACGACCUGAGGACCAUCGCGGAGGUGGAAGGUUCGGGAGUGAAAGCCUGGAAACAUGCAGAAUGGAAGGAGCAGAUCCUUGUUCCGGCACUGCCUCAGUCCAUUCUGCAGGGCUGUAGCCUCAUACAUAUCGACUACUACAUCCAAGUUUCCCUCAAGUCGCCAGAGGUUUCGGUCACUCUCCCCAUUUAUAUUGGUAACAUUGCUGUGAACAGGGUGCCCGUGAGCCCCUCCCGGUCCAUCCAGCACAUACCAUCUGCAGUGGUACCCAGUGCCCCCCCAGAGGAAGAGGAGGCUGCCAGCGGUUACCACCCGAUGGACAAUGUCUUGAUCCCCACCAAAAGCCAUUCCCAGCAGCAGCCGUUUAGCUACGCCCCAGGACUGAGCUUCCAGGAGAUAAGGGUGGACUCGGAGCAGACGGGCUCCCCAAACCAUCCCACGCUCUGCCUGUCGACGGGAGCCACUGUCCCUUACUACGCUGAGGGGAACGUGGUGCCGGUCCCCACGGCCAGCUCCCUCAUUUUGCCUCCGGAGUACAGCACAUGGGGCUACCCAUACGAGGCGCCUCCAUCCUACGAGCAGAGCUGCAGCAGUGCCAACUCCAGCAUCAGCAACGGCAACUAGCCUCCCCUGCUUGGAGCCCCGCUGGCGCUGCCCACCCCCAGGCGCCACGGCUCGCCUGCCUACUGCGAAGUCUGGUACAGCACAAGGCGUCUUUUUAUCUCUCUGGCUGCUUGUCGGGGUAAAUGGCACAUCCCAUCCUGGGCUUUUUAAGUCUCUUUCUAGGGAGGGGGGAAAAAAAAAACAAAACGGGCAGCCAGAGCAGCCUGUGUGUGUGUGUAGGAGAGGUCUGGGAAACUGAACCAGCCAUCUCCUGCUUCACCAAGUGCUGGAGAACUGGUUUUGCCCCAGGGAUGCCCUCUGCAGCAGCCUGUGUUUAAAGUACUGUAGUCAACACUAACUGCUUUACUAUCAAAGCACCUGCGAUGCCUUAUCUGAAAUGCUCCUGACUUGGCAUGUCUCCACUGUAGGCAAAGGCUGGGCUGUGUGGACUUUCUCUUCUCUUUUAGGGGCCGUGUGCUCUCCAGAAAUGGUUUUGACAGCCCUUCCUCCUUGUCCUUGUAGGUCCUAAGGGUAGCUGAAACAGGAGGUUUCUUGGAGUAGGCAGGUUCGGAAGGUCAGGGACUCUUAAAAAGCCAAAAGCACAAGCCCUCGCUAUACCUGUGUUGUGGGGUGAGUGACCGGCAGCCUCUGGCCCUCUCGCAGGGGGCUGCACCGCUGCCUGCCUGUGGAGAGAGGAGAGCGGGCUCUGGCAGCGGGGAGCUCGCUGGGGCACUGGCUCAUAACCCAGGAGGCCCUGGUGAGCUGUGAGGGAGAGCCCGGUGCUCCCGGGGGUGCCCAGCAGCAGCUUCUGGCCUUUUUCAGCAAGAGCGACUUCUCUCUGAAAAGCCCCGUAGGAGACAGUCAAUCCAUCCUUGCUCGCUGCCGGACUGCAGCGCCCGGGAUGAACAGCACUCACCGGUCUGCAAGCGGGGGGACCACGUGCCCCCUGUCCCAUCUCCCACCCCUGCAGGGUGCUCCCUCCAUCCCAGCUGCGGCUGCCUUCGGCAGGCCAGAAUUACAUGACAAUCAAGUUACAAAAGUCUGUCCAAUGCUACCUCUGAGUCUGCCCAAGGACCCUGUCCGUGGAAGCCCUUCCCUGUGGGACGACCCUCCCUCCAGGCUCGGCCGGGCGUCUCCACGCCGCCCAGGCAGCGCGCGAGGUGCUUGGCCUGGGACUGCUCUCUCCGGUACUGGUUUACCGCUCGUGUCCUGAGCUGCGCCUCGAGCCACAGCAGGAUGCGAAAAUGGGUGAGCGGGAACACAAAGUGCUCCGCUUCAUUUGCAGCCUCCUCUGGACCUGGCAGGUCGGGGGAAGAAGCUGGUAGAUGUAAAACAUUUUUCUUUUGCGCUUCCCCCCGCCCCCCGACCCCGUCUCCUUGUUUAGCUUUUUUAGUAUCGACUGCCCAAGCUGAGGAAACCACAAACCAGAUACUUUAGAGCCGCGGGCAUCCAGCCACGGCUGAAACUGUGGAGCGGAGACCUUUGGCACCUCUGAGAGUUGGUCUCCACGCUGCGUCUCGCUGGGCGGGCGAUAGCUACCAAACCUGUUAGGAGCACGACAGCCCCUGCCUCCUCACCUCGGCCCGCCUCUGCACACCCCCGGCAGGCAGCUGGGGACAAGCCCUGCUUUGCACUCUUUCUUUGCAAAUGCUUUUUAUUUUCUUUUGUAUUAUUUCUUUUUUUUUUUUUUAAGUGUUGAACUGCUUUAAAGAUAGCGUAGAGAAGGUGCCGUUCUGAGCAGUGCUGGCACAACAUGCACCAAUGUUGAUAGAAUGAUUGUCAUUGUCCCUGAAUAUAUAUAUAUAUAUAUAUGAGAUGAAGUUCUGUUUUUAAUGAUUGAAUUCAUAAAUACAAAUUUUAAUGCUGUAUUUAAUAAAUUAUUCUAAGAGAAAUGCUGUGCUUUUUCAUCCAUUUCUGAUGUUUAUCCAUGUGCCUGUUCAUGCCAAAUCCAGGAAUGCACCUUGCCAAUUUCUUGCCAAAUGAAGCAAGUUUUUUUGCUCUCCCCGGGAAGGAUGGGGACCUCGGGGAGAAGACGCACGGUGCAGCCUGACCGUGGAGCUGGCUUCCUUGUUCCAGGUGGUUGGAGGGAGUUUGGCACCAUGUGGGCUGGGCUCUGGAGAGAGCAGCCACCGCACUGCUGUUUCUCCUGGCCCUGUGUCCCCAAGCCGUGGCUUGUCCAGGUGGCCUGUGGGUCUCUGCUGUCUGACUGGAGAGGUGACCGGUGGGGAGGGAGGGGAGAGUGGAGGAGGAUGGAGAUGGAACAGCCAAGGUCUGGCUGGAAGGGCUGGAGACCAUCAUUUCACUAAGUUUUGGAUAAAAAUGGAAGAAGGCUCCUCCCUGCACCCACAGUUUGGCGUUACCAUGGCUGAAGCACGUAGGUGUUGCCCAGAUGUUGUCAUUGCGAGUAGCCUGAGGUGUGUCUCAGACGUGAGGAUCCUUCUUCGCCCUCUGCUCAACUUACGCUUCUGCCCAGCUUUUAUUAUUUCGGACUCUCCCCUUUGCCUGGUGGCCUGUGCCUGCCACGGAAAGCAUUCUUGAUACGCAGGGAGUCAAAGGCAGGUGCUUGUUUGUUCUUAAUGGUACGUCUCUUCCCCAGUGCUCUUCCUCAUCCUCCCAAUUAGUGAACCUGUUUUGCCUGGCUCAGCCCGUAGCUCCUCUGGCCUUCCUUGCUGUCGGCAGUACGUAUCCCUCCUUUCACCCUCAACUCAAAUCCCUUCCACGCCUCUGGAGAAAUUCCUGUGAGCUGUCAGUGCUUCUGGACGUGCUGGGUUGGGCUCCUGACCCAGCUGGGGCCUGGGAGAGGCAGCUUGUGCUGCGACUGGGUUCCCAGUUCCCUGUUCUCCAUCCUUGAAGCCAAGCUGCUGGUGAUGUGUCCAGGCCGUGUUCCUUGGCUGGAAAACUUGAAUGUUGUUUGGUUACUGUGGCCAGAGCCACUGGGCUGCCCUUCUAAGACCCCCAGACAGUGUCUGUCCUCCUCGCUUAACCUUUAGAGUUGGGGAUGCACCAUUCUUGGUGGGGACCAUGGAGAGGAGAGGCCAGCUGUAUCUCACACAGCUCCUGUGCUGUGCCCCACGUCUCUGCAGUGUUCCCGUGCACCCAAGCUUCCUCACCUGAAUUAUAUUUGCUACAAACUGGUCCUUCAGCACCUCUCGCUGUACAUGGAGUCCCCUUUGCAAAGCAAGGAGCAAGCGGGCAUGCUCUGCUGGUGAGGAGUGUCCAUCUCCAGUGUCCAUCUCCGCAGGCUGCUGUGAAGGGAGAAGGAAGGAUGAGAGCUGGACCUCAUGGUGGUCCUAGUUCUUGUGGAUGCUGGGGCUGGGCACGCACAGCUCCUGCAGGGAGAGGCCUCUUGGAGACCGUGGAGGCGGCUCUGGCCAGGGUGCAGCAGGUUGGCACCCUCCGGAUGCCUCUGAGCAACCUCGCUGUUGUGCAAGCGGACAGGAACAACUGGCAAAGCGCUGUGGUUGCCAACGUCCCCCAGCGCUGCGGCAGGGAACCGAAGCCUGACACAAAGAGCCUCGCUCAUGUUUCAGGGACCGCUUUGAAACGGUCUGGGACUGCAGGAUGGAGGAGUUAGUCCAGCUCUUCUUAAACCUACCCGCAGCUGUGGCCUCAGGGCGCAGUGACAGCAAGGUCCUCAGGGUAAAUGAGUACUUUGGAUGAGCACGAUGGGGCUAAAACCCGUGUUUGGGUGUGAGCAUUUUCCCCUCUGGAGAGGACGAGCGGACAAGUCCCCCUGUGCUCUGCCUCGCUGCUCCCUCUUCUCCCCAGCCUCUCCGGCUUCAACCUCUUGAAGUCCUGGGGAGCUCCUCCAGGCCCCGGGUCAUCCCUCUCUCCUCUUUUCAGGACUCUGGAAUAAAGAGGGAAAAAAAACUUUUUUUUUUUUUUUUUUUUUUCCAAACCCAGCUCUGGGUAAAAAAACUUCAGCGCGCAGGAAUUCAUUCCAAUUCCUGGCUCAAAUUUGCAAGCAAUUGUUUUUCGGUUUUGUUUGAAAUGGGGAGGGGAAGCGGUGGGGUGCGAGUGAAGCUUGUGAGCUAAUUGUUUCCAAACUCAGCAUUCAGUGGAAAAUACCAAAAAUAUCAUCUGUCCUGGGGGGUUUUUUGUUGUUGUUUCUGUUGUGUGGGGUUUUUUUUCUGCUGCUUCUUUUUUGUCCUUCAUGGCUUUGUUCUUGUCCCGCUCUCCACAUGUGCCGCCUCCAUAUUUUUGGCUUUUUCAGUGUUGUUCGUGUCCUACCACGCUCCGCUUGGGCACCUGCCGUCCCGCUGCCUGCGGGAGACGGGGAACGGGGAGAUGGGGGGGCGCGAAGGCUCUUCUCUUUGCUGGACAGUGAUUCUUUUUUAGCUUUCCACUAAACUUUAAGUAGUUUUGUAAGUAAGUAUUUCCUGCUAGGAAGUUUUCCUGUUGAGCCAGCACAAGAGAGAAGAUAAAGGGUGUUCUGGGGUCUGUUUGGUUUUUAUGCUGUAUUUUAAAGUAUUUCCAACUAUCUGCAACAGGAAUGUCCCAUCCCUCCUCCCCAGGAGGGACCGGUGGGGCAAAAUUCUCAAAACUUGUGCCCUUUCUUGUACCAAUACUCGUGGCUGUAAUUCUUUAUUCCUGUGGUUCUCUUUACAGAUUUUGGGGUUUUAUACGACAAUAUUUGUGAUGGCUCUGUACAAUCUAAGACUUCUGUGCAAUUUAUUACUGGGUUUUAAAAUGUGAACAUGUUUCCCAUGGCUGCUUCUUGGGAAUAUUUUUUUUUGUCCUGGGUUUUAAACCACCAAAUGUAAAGAACUGAAAAAAAUGUC